AUGUCGUCAGACUUCAGGACCAUCCUUAUCUCAAUCCCUUAUCACGGAAAGAUCGAAAUUAAGCUAUGUGGGCCCCUGCGCAAACGUGCAUCUCGAUUCACAACUAAGGUCAUAUCUGCGUUUAAGGGAAAACGGAUUGUGCAUGGCUCCCCCACGGGGCGUUUCCGGAUUACGGGCUCUAUCCCGCCUUACCUGGUCAUCGGUAACUCACGCCCGGCCACUCGCAUCUCAGUUCCCCUCUUCACCACGCCAGAGCUCCAGAUCACCACCCCACCACCGCCUCAGUUCCUCAACCUCCAACCCCCCCUCCACAACCACCACCACCACCACACCAGCAAAACCAAACCAAGCAAUGCCCCCCUCUCCCUCCCCCUCACCACCCUCCCACAUCCACAUCCUCGGCCUCGGCAACCUCGCCAAACUCUUCGCACACUCCCUCUCCCUCCUCCCCCACCCCCCCCCAUCACACUCCUAACCCACCGCCCCUCCCUCCCCCCCUCCUCCCCCAUCACCCUCGUCCUAACCCGGCACGGCACACCCAUCCCCUCCCCCCCUCUGGAACUCUGCCUCAUCACACCCCACGGGCCGGCAAUAACGCACUUAAUCCUGACUACGAAAUCGCCUUCCACCGCUGCGGCGAUCAGGCCUCUGCUCCCGCGGCUGUCUGCUAGUUCGACGAUUUUGUUUACGCAGAAUGGGAUUGGUGCUGUGGAGGAAGUAUCUGCUUUCUUCCCCGCGGGUGGACAACCAACAUACCUCUCAGCAAUAGUAACACACGGUGUUUUCUCGACCGGUCAGUUCAGCGCCACGCACGCGGGGGUCGCGGAUCUAAAAAUUGGGCCCGUCUCGCGGACCACCGAACUCAACGGCGAGGCGAGGUGGUUGGUUGAUAUCAUUCUCUCCUCUGCGCCACUUGCUGGGACCGAAGUAGGAGCAGAUGAACUACUCCACGUCACCCUCGAGAAACUCGUCGCCAACGCAGUCAUAAACCCUCUCACAGCCAUCCUCCGCACCCCCAACGGCGAGAUUCUCAAUCCUUCUCUAGCACCGCUGCGGAAGGCAAUGGUGGAGGAGACGAGUGCGGUGAUACUCUCGCACCUCCGCACGCUGCACCCCGACUCUCCCCUCUCCGAAGCGAUGAUAGAGCGUUUCAGCACCGCAAGACUAGGGACGAUCGUAGAGCGGGUGUGUGAGGCGACGAAGGGAAAUCGGAGUUCGAUGUUACAAGAUGUCGAAGCAGGACGGGGGACGGAGGUGCGGUAUAUUAAUGGGUGGAUUGUUAGGAGGGGAGGGGAGUUGGGGGUGGGGGUUGGGGUUAAUGAGGGGGUGAUGGGGAUGGUUGAACGGGGGGAGGUGAGGGGGGUGGAGGAGGUGGAUAAGAUGUUUGGGUGGUUGGGAGGUUAUAAUGGGAAUUAA